GUGUCCUAGAUAAGAAUGAGUAUCAUGCCAAACUUUUGCGUUAUCCAAACCUAACGACCGUCAAACAGUCUUUUAUUUCAUUAAAAGAAAUUAAAGCAAUUGAAAACGUCACGUAACCUCGAUCCGCUAGUCCCAUCCCAGGGGACCCUCACACAUUGACAAUUAUGAUCUAGAAAGUGCGGUACAAGCCGUAUGAACUUCACUUGCAUUCAUAACAAGUCUUCCUGUAGCCCAGGAGAGUACGUUAGUCCCUCGGGAUGUAGUAAAGAUAUUAUAAGAAAUCUAUGUAUGUGUGCGUGCACCCACACCACUAAUGACAGGAUUGCGUCAAUCAGUGAGUCUACACUUGUUGUUCUCACAUGUGUACAGUCGAUCCCUCCGAACGCCCGCAUGUGUUAGUGCGCUAUAUUUAAUUGUCCUUCUGUGUGGUCGUGCUCACAUCCAACUGCCAUGUGUGAGUCCAAUGAAGUCUAUCCUGUGUGACUGUGCACCACAACUUCUCAAACUUUAUGCGCUUCAACGUGAUAGCUAGUUACCUACUUCAGGUAUUGCCCACUUCACAAGGGUUCGCGAAACUAAUUAGUGAGAGUUUGUUUACUCUAACCUUGAACGCGCCCUGAAUUUACAGUGCUAAUGAAGCCCUUAAUUACUUUGUUUGGUUAACAAACAAAUCAUUCAUUGCACUCUGUAAUCUCAUAUUUUGGGCGCAUUCUCGUUUUGAUAUCAGUUACGAUCCAUACGUUGUGCGUUACGGUAGCCCGUGCAACUAGUUCUGUGGAAAUAUUGUAAAGUUUGGGAAGCGCAGGCAGUAGCUAAUAUUAAAUUGAAUAUCCCCUCUGGCCAGUCUCGCCCUGAGCACCAGACAGCACUGUGUUACGGAGAAACUUCGCAAUGCCGUCGAUAAAACGUUCUAGUAGAUAUCACUGGAAACCGAAGGGUCUUCUUGAUAACUGUGUUUGCGGAAGAUAACUUUUACUGACUAUUGAACUGUGCAGUGAGAUUGUGGACAGACAGUGUAGUUGCAAUUGCAGGAGCUAGUGUAUCGGAUGAUUUAGUGGUUUCUGGUCACGUGUGUGUUAUUUAAUUGUGGGACGACAGUGAGGUUCAAAAUGGGUGUGACGGAGUUCGACUGGGACUCUUGUACUGGAUAUUACUCCGGUGAAGAAUCGGUGGGAUCCAUCAACACAAUGUCGAUAUGCAAGUCGGAGCUUCUCUUCUCUCCGGUGAAGGAGGCGGCGCAUGGAGUCCACUUUAGCGUGGACAGCCUCGACUGCGAGCUGCCGACAGAGCAGGACCUCAUCCUCACCUGUCAGGCCAAUAAGGACAACUACACCAUCGCCUUUGAGGGCAGCCUCACCAUCUACUCGGAGGAUAGCGAGUGCGCUGAACCCCCCGUCAAUCACAAACAUGACAAAACGGAUAAGGAAGACGACAAUUUAGAAUUAGAUAACGAUGAAAGAACGCGCAGGAAUUUAGAGUUACUAGAAAGAUGUAAGAAACUAACUAAUAAGCUAAACACGCUAAUGGCCAGAAGCGAUUUAGGAUUAACUACUUGGAGUAAGCUUAAGAAACAAACCAGUCAGUCUCCCCUAAGGAGGCACCCAUCGGGUAACAAUAAUGAAGAUUCAAAUGAAACGACUGAUGCAACAAAUGAAAUGAGUAAUUCUGUUAUCAAGAGCCAGAGUUUACCAAACUUGUACAGGAGGAAACUAAUGAGCAGUUCUAUAAACUCAGCGGCUCUCAGUAAUUCAACUGUUGACUCUUUCACCACCAAUCAGAGGCUAGCUGGGACAUCUGCCUGUAUGAAGGUGUACGAUGUAACGCACAACCGAUCUCAUGGAAGUCAAAACUCAGAGGCAAUGAGCACCUCAUCUACGGAAAACCCAUCUACUUCAGACAAGAGCCAACCAAAACAACCAUUCAACUUGGUCAAACUGUUCAUGAAACAAAAAAGUAUUAGCAAUGAUGGUAUCGGUGGAAUUGAUCAGCUGGAUAGCUCACAGUGUUGGCCUUCCAGCGGCGACAGUGGAGAGUCGAUGGGAGAACAUAAAGGUGAAAUGAAAUUACUAAAAACCAGUUGUAAUUUGGAAAGACCACCUGAAGAAUUACCGAUAUCUUCUCAUGAAGAAGAAGUUGAUGUUGUAUACGAGGAGAUUCCGACAACUAAUGCCUUUUCAACUCGAGUGUACGAUGAGGUACUGGUUGAAGAAGAGGAAUCAGGUGUCAGCGAUAAUGAAAGCCACCUGUAUGCAACAGUAAACAAAGGCCACACAAGGAGGGCAAAUAUAAAUAUGAACAACAGCCCAGCUAAAUUGAAAAGUACUCGGAAAUCUUAUUCAUCACAAUCGUCUGGUACGAGCGUGAGUAUAUCAAGUUGCUCCGAGUCAGAUGGAACACAAAUCACAAGAAUGAACAGAAUACUACAUAAAGAAUCAUGUGAUAACAAAGCAACUUCUACUCACAUACACGCUACAACUGAUAAAAGUAUGCAAACAUCAAACAUUCACAUGUCAUCAAUGUCCCAUGACCGAGAAGUUUUCAAAGUGAUCGAGGCCUCAUUUUUGGAGAAAUUGAAAGAAGGUGAUUGCGAGAAACCUGUUUUCGUAUUGUAUCCUAGUUAUACCUUGCCUGACAUAAGUUUCUUGAAUGGAAGACCAAAUAUAUACCUGAAUCCAUUAAAGGUUAAUGUUUCACCGAAACCAACUGAAAUCAAGAAACGGAUGCAAGUUAAAGGAAAGCGACCGUUCUCUUGCAAUGAUGUUGAGGUUUUAAAGAAGAAAGGCCUUGGACACAUAAGAGACUGGGAUUCCUUGAAUUUCUUGCUUCCAAUGGAGUGCAAACAACUUUUGUCGGAAGUUCCUGAAUUAAUGCAACAUAUGAAAGAAAAAGACUGUGUAACUAAGUGCAACGAUAAAUACUGCUCAGCAUCACCAUCUAGUAAAACAAAGAACAGGCCAAUGAGCUGCGACUGCAACAAUUUAGCCGGGCAAAAUACAGCUGUAUCUUCAAGUUCAAGUACAGCCACACAGCCGUCUUCAGGAUACAGGGGAUCUUCCACUAUGCUAACAGACUCUUCAGCUCAAAACAGUCCAGCACCUGUAGGCAACUUCAAUCCACUCUUCGUAUACCGGUACGACAGUGCCACAAGCUCAGAGGCUAGUGGGGUCAACAAUGAAGGCCACAGAAAUGUCCCCAAGCGUUCAUUAUCCAUCGCAGACCAGAACCGACUCGGUAAACAAGGUGAACUUGCUCCACCAAGACCACCAUUACCAAAAGGUAUUUUGCGAAAAUCAAUGGAUAAGACGCGUAAAUCCGGAUUACAUUCAAAACGCUACAGCAUGUUUGAAAUGGACGAUUUCAUUCAAGACCCAGUAGUGUGCAUGACGGCUACACCAGAACACAAAACCCACAAAAGAAGGUCACUUCAGGAACCUUAUGCACCCUACGGCAUUAAUCCUGAAUACAAGAAAAACAAUGAUUUAGCUGCAAAAAGGCUUUCACAACAUUUCCUUGACGCUGCUGAUAAAGACGCUGACUACAACGAAUAUUAUCAAGAUGAAGGAGUUGGUACUGAGAGUAGUUUGGAAUCUGGAAAAUCUAAUGAAAUCAAGUACCACAGGCCCCGCACGCCGCCACUACCGAAGCCGAGAACAAAGAAACUAGAAUACACUGAGUUCCCCCCACCCGGAGCACUCAUCAGCAGUGCCGAUUUACAACAACUAGAAGAGUUCUUGAAACAAAGUGGAUUCACUUGUAAUAACAUGGAUGAGUGGGAUCAAAAUCAAGUUCAAAAGGUAAGAAGUCAAGUAACAAAGUUCCUUCAGAUGAAAAAGUCGCAAGAGGAGAAUGAGAAAUCAACUGAAUCUAGUGGCAGUAGCUGUAAUAGUAAAAAGUCUGUGAGCUUCGCACACAAGACGGAUAGUAAAGCAGAGAAUCCACUGGCACCAGUUAAACCAGUAGAUGAACUCAAAGUUGCAGCUUUCACUACUCCACCUAAUUCUCCAAACAUUUCUGCUGUAAUAGCGCAAAGGCACUAUCAGGGUAAGAAUUUGGCUGAAAUACCAAUUUGUGAAGAAGGUGAAGUAAGCCCUGAUGAGUUUGCCACCCCAACUCGACAUGAAGCCAGAGGAAAAUACGAUUUGAUUGACAUUUCCCAAAAACGAGCACUCGUAUCAAAUGUAACUGAUGCCGUAGAGAUGUUGAUCCAACACUUCUCGUCGGCAACCGACCAGGCGGAGUUGGCGGUCCUAGGUGACUCGAAGCAAUCACCAGCCUGUGCCAAAAUAGCACUGAAUGCCUUGUGCCCAGCCUUGUAUGCUGUCUUCAGGGAUGGCUUGAAGGAAAAUAUUGAAACAUCGUUCGGGGCUGUGAACAACUCCGUCUGGCAAAUGGUAGAAGCUACUGCUAGACAAGGACCAAUUACCAAAUCUUUGAAUGAGCUUGUGUUGAGGAUCAACAGUGAAGAUGCAGUGACAGAAGGGCUGGUCAAGUUCAAUGCAUUCAUUCUGGGCUUAUUAAAUGCGCAAUCUGUGGACGCGUGGGCGACGUACGUCCGCACUCGCGAGACGGUGCUCGCGAAGCACUACGGCCCUGACUCCCUGAUCUUGGCCGGGUGCGUCGGUGAGCCGCGCUGCCGGGCCCUGCUGGAUACCUUGCUGGCCAGCCUGGAGCCCCUGAGGCUACUACCCUUCUCACUGGACCUGAUGUUCGAGAUGCGCGAACUGGCAAGAAGCUUCAAGAGGAUCGAGAACGAAAUGCGCUCUGCUAGUCGGCCAACCACAAUUAACAUGCCACCACUAACACUGACCCAACGGAACUUGCUGAAGCUGGUGAAGUCGAUGCAUUCGAGCGGCCAGAGCGACGACUGUCAGACCAGCGUCAUCAUGCGACACAAGGAGCAACCCAAAAACAAAGAGCCCUCAACACCAGAUUUACUAAAUGACUCUGGAAAUGUCAAGGCAGUUGUCGAAGGGAAAAGCAGGCCGAGAUCGUGCGUUAACCCGUCAGCCGUCAGCUACGACGUGUGUCCCAACAACAGUAGGAUAGAGCUGGAAAACCGCCGGUGGUCAGGCGUACAGCUCGGCUCCAAACUGAUGCAGGCCUUCGACCGACUACAGUUCGACGACAGUGACGACUACACCGACAGUCUAGAGAACAAUAAACCCGCUCCUAAAAAUACUGGCAUUGAAGGUGUUCUGAAGUUGGAAUCCAGCGGCGAGGAGCAGUGGAGACCGGGGUCCUCCGGCAGUGGUAGUGCAGCCAGUGGAGGCGGCAAGUUCCGGAGACUACAACUCAAGUGGGAACUGCUCAGCAACAACGAUUCCUCGCCACACACUCCAUCCGGAGAAACAUCGCCAGCGUCUGCCACACGAGGCUCUAAAAUACCGCGACCAGUAUCAUCACCAGUCAGACCACAAGCACCAGCUUUGCCGUCGCCAGCUAAGAAUGCUCAUCGUGGUAUACCAGUGCCAGUUCGUAAAGGCGUGUCUCCAACUGGAACAGCCGCCGCCCGCGCCCCUUCGACUGUCGGCGCUCGCGGGACCGGAGCCACCAGUAAAAGACCAUCUACUGCUGCUAACAGAACACCAGAUUCAGUUACGAAGAAACUCAACACCACAAUGCCAGCAAAACUGCCAUCUGCCACUGUUGCUCCUAAGAGCACAUGCUUAAAUAAUAAGAAACCGACACCAACGUCACGAGUGGACCAAGGUGUGCACACGACUGGUGCCACGCCUCGACCCUCGUCACUGCCGUACGGCCGGGCCCAGCCCCCAGCAGCCCCCAGAAGAGCCGCCUCUUCAUCAGCUGCCAGAGCGCAAGCCCAAGCGCCUAAGCAGCAGAAACACAAAUAUGUAAGAACACUGUGGCACCGGCUACCAUCAGAUUCCGGUCACCUUGCUUUUAACGAGGGAGAACGUCUGAGGCUGAUCCUAGAAGUGGACGACCAGUAUCUGCUCUGCUGUCGCGGCGACCAGAAGGGUCUAGUACCCCGAGAUGCUGUGCUAUUGGAGGACUUCUGAUAUUGGCAGGCCUAGCACGACUGGCGCCCGCAAUGGCGCCCGUUGCGACUUAAACAUUAGUUCAAAAGUCGCGUUGAGACUUGAGUGUGAGUGGUCGUAAAUGUGGAUUGUAAAUAAGUCUGAUAUACAUACUCAUGUGCAAGUAGGUCUAGUUGAAGUAAUGAGAAAUAUCAGUCUUUAUUCUGGUGGCUAUGGAAUGAUUUGUGCAAUAAUGUCUGAAGUAUCUGGAUUGGGUUAAGCUAAAUUCAGCAUGAUAUUGAUUUGAUUGCAUGUGAAGCUCGGAGUUGAAUGAACUUGUAAAUAUUAUGUAGGUGUCUCAGUUUAUUGAAACUACGAUAUUUUUCAUAAAUACUUUUAUUUUGUAAGUUACUUACUUUGAUGUUACCCUUUGAUGCAAAUAUUAAUUUUACUCGAAAAGGAAUCUUCUAAUACAGAAAACGUAAAUUCUCAUGUUUACAACUCUAAAGUAAAAUCUAGUCUUAUUUUUAAGGCAAAGUUAUGUCUUAAACUGUAAAUAUAAUACCUACUACGUAAAACAUAAAUGGUGGAUGUAAUUACUGAUAAUUUUUAUUUUGUUUUAAAUGCGAUAAUGACACUAGUUAUUGCCUUUAAAAUUAUUUAUUGAUGUUUGCAGUAAUUAUUUUCCGCGAUGAGAUGUGAUAUAGCAACUACUUAGAAUUAGUGAUAAAUAAUUUAUAAUGGAAAUCUCAUAAACAAGACCUCUUGUAUACUUAUCAAAAACUAUAGUCAACUUCAAAAGGAGAAAGACACCAUAUAAAAAUCAUAAUUUAGAUCAAUUAAUAUACAUAAUUAUUCUAGUGGACUUGGUUAAAAAAAUGUAAUAAUACGUGUAAAAUGAUGUACCUACCUACCUUAAAUUAUUAUCCCUAAUCGGUGUAUGUAUGUAUAAACUAAUAUGUCAUUAUAUUGCGUAUCAAUUACUUAUCUUAGCUUAUAUCUUUCAUUAUCAAUUAAAUUGUAUUGGGAGAAAAUACGGUUAAAAAAACUUUAGUAGAAUUCGUAAAAGUAGGUUGCCAAUGGACUGAAGUUAACAUGUGAAUAUUUACUAACAGCAUGCAGCCUACCUUACACAACCUUCCUACUAUGUGGUCUACGGCUCAUUUAUCCAGAGCUUUCUGAAAAUAUCCGGUGUAACACUUUAUCUUUUACUAACACUUUAGCCUUCCCCAUAAACCAUUCCUUUGUCCGGAAUUUGUGGUGUCAUCGAAUCAUUAAAACAACAUAAUAGGUGUUGGGAAAAUAACAAAAUAAAUAUAAAUUAACAGCAUGAGCCUAUCCUCAUCACCUUCCCUAAAUCCAACACAUUAUUUACUUUCAAUUUUUCAAGGGAUAUUAUAAAAUAACUAAUGGGCAAUUAAAUGGAUGGAUAUUUUAGCUUUUUGUAUAUAAUCGUAAUAUAACCACUAUGUGCGUAUUUCUUGGUCUUAUAAUGUGAUUUCAUCAUAUCACUGCUUAUGGCAAUGAAGAAUAAAAAAUAUUUUGGUACGAAUUUGUAUUGCUCAACUUGGAUGAUGUUUUAAUUAUGAUGAAACACAACCCAUAUAAUAUUACUCUAGAAUAACUUGUAUUCCCAUGAACCUAGAUGUAUUUGUAUAUAAUUAAUUGGAUAAAUUUUUAUUUCAUUAAUGUAAUUAGUGGUCAAAAUUGUAACAAACCUUUUGAAUGCACGAUACAGUUCCUCUCGUAGAUGUUCGUGCCGUCGUCACAAUAUUUGUGAAUUUAGUGUGUUGUAUCAAAAUUAUAAUAUUGGAUAACCUGGUGUCUUUCUCCAAAGCGGUGGGAGUUUCAUAUUCUUGCCAACAAUUACUUUCAAAAUAUCAAAGAGGCUUUCGAUAAGAUUAUUUAAAAUUGGACGAAAAUUUGCAAUAGAAAUAAUGUAACUGUAAUUUAGGACAAGUAGGUAUAAAUCAUAACCAAUAGUUUUUAGCUAAAAUUUUACAAUCAUACCCAACUUCUGACAUUGUGAAAAUAUUCAUUGAUAAUUAAAUAAUCUUUUGUAUGAUAAACAUUUCAUUCAUGUAUUAGCAUUAAUUCGCUUUGUGACUGAAUGAUGUGAUGUGGCCUUUUGUAUGUACUAAAGUUAAUCAUAAGUAGUUAUCGUGUUGUGUGUUUGCGCUUGUUGCAUCAGUCGGAGUAUCUAGACUUACUUUAAUUAAUCAUCUACAAUACAUUAGCAGUUGUUGAAUCGUCACAUGCUUCCAUAAAUAGUUGUAACUGUAGGUAAAGUCUUAAUUACCCAUGAAAGUAUUAGUCGAGAAUGAACAAGCCUUAAAAUAAAUCAAUACUAAGAUUUGCUUUGCAAGGGGGAGAUACACGUAUUGCUUGGCCAUUUAGUGAGAAUGUUACAUCUUUAGUAGUUAAACAAAUUACUCGAAUAAGAAGUUUGCUAGUCGUAAGUUUUUAUCAACAGUUUGUAUUGUCAAUGAAUUGGGUUUUGUUUAGGUAUGAACAAUCCUGCGCGUAUAUUUCAAGUUAUCAUUUUGAUCGAUUAAGCAUAGGUAAUGGUGAGGCUAGAAUGUCCUUAUCGGUUUGUACAAAUGAGAGUUAUUUUAUGUUUUAUACUGCGUUUAAGAUUUUAUUUAUGAUUUGUCGGGAUCAAAACCUUAAGUUUAGUAUUGAGUUAGGGC